GUUGUCCGACAGUCAGACAGGAUCUGCGUUUGUAUCGGUGUAGCGCGCGGACUGCGCCGUUUGUCGUUGUACGUCACGCAAAAGCUGCGCGUGAGCCGCGGGCGCUUUUAGUCGCUGGGCAAUUUUCUUGGGGGGAUCUCGCGCGGAAAAGGUACGGGCUGCAGGCGCUGCGCUGCGUGGUCGUGGUGAUGGCGGACAGGAAGAAAGUGGUGGUCGUUGGCGGUGGAAUAGGAGGUGCUUACGUGGCACGCCACUUGGAGGAUUCGUUGGACGUGACUUUGAUCGACAGGUGUUCUACUUCCCUUGCUGGUCCCGGUCCCGGUCCCGUUCCCGGUCCCCGUUUAUCAAGGAAGAUCCCCAGGUCGUUUGCCAGGGGUACGAGGAGUGUAAUGCGGCGAAGAACUCCCUUAAGGAGUAGUAGCUUCAUGGGCUCUACCUCUACCGCUGUCGCAGAGGAGCAGCAGCAGCAGCAGCAGCAGCAGCAGCAGCAGCGGCGGCAGUCUUCCAGCUCACAACGGCUGCAGCCGAAUCAGCAUAAAGAUCAGCAGCACCACCAGCAGGAACAACAAGAAAAGCAGCAGCAGUCGCAGUGGCAUCAGCAUCAGCAUCAGCAUCAGCAUCCGCAUCAGCAUCAGCAUCAGCAUCAGCAUCAGCAUCAGCAUCAAAAGCGACCGCAGCGAGAACAAGUUGACCAGGUACUUGGAACCCUUCGGCAAGGGGGGAACGUAGAGAUCGAUGGUCCUGAUAAGAAGACCCAGUCCAUUGAGUUCCGUGAUCAGGACCAGGUUCAGCUGCAGGAUCAGGACCAGGUGGGAGGUGGUGGUGGUGGCGGCGGCGCAUCACUGCGAGAUUUACGUGUUUCUGAUAAGGAGAAGGUAGCAAAGCUCAUCCGUCAGGUUGUGGGAACGGCCAAGGAGAACCAGCGGUUGGUGUCCGUUCUCGAGGAAGAAAGAAGGGCCAGUGCCUGCCGAUUAGAAAAGCUGCAAGCGCAAAACAGAGACGUCAUCUCUGAAAUAUCGUGCCUUCGUGCUAAGUUGGUUCACGCGUACUCCUUGAUACGAUCUUAUCAGCAUAAGUUACAGAUGCACCACCAUCACCACAGGGCAAGUUCUCAGGCAUCGGCCGCAGGGACACCUGUUUUGUCUCUGCCAACCCUUUUCGAGGUGGAGGAGGACGAUCCGUCGAGCGGAACAGCUGUUUUGUCAUCAUCAGCCGAGUCGGCGGACAAUCUGAUGCCUUCCAGAAUGAUCAACGGCCGCAUGUGUCAGAGAGGGAACGAGACGGUAAUUAGUUGCUUAAGAAGUGAUGGAAGGGAAUGCUCGGCGGCCUGCUUGAUAUGUCGGGAAGGAAAAGAUGAGGUCGAUGUCGAUGCAUGCGCCCGGAAUCGCGACCAGGAACAUGCCAGGCUGGCAAAAUGCCCUGGGAAGAGCGACAUGGGAUUGGAGAAUGACUAUUCUGAAGAAGAAGAAGAAGAAGAAGAAGAAGAAGAAGGUGGAGGAGGAGGAGUCGGGGCUUCUCUUUCGCGAGAAGGGGAUAAUAGGAGAGAGGGAGGUGUCGUCGGUCAGACGGAAAUCGUAGAGGGGUUAGGCGAGGGUGAAAGAGCAGAAUGUUCUUGUUUUGGUGCUAAGGGUGAUCGGGAAAGAGAAGAAUGUUCUUGUUCUUCUUCUUAUUCUUCUUCUUCUGCGGCGGCGGCUCAUGCUGAUCGCGUCUCUUGGGCAACAGCAGCGCAGUUGUUGCCAUCCCUCCGUGUCGAUUGCGCUUCCGCUUCCGCGGUUGCUGACGCGGCUGCUAUGUGCUGCGAAAAUGCAUUGGCGGAAGCUACCGGUAGGCCAAACAUCAAGGCAAAAGAUUGCGCUUCCGCUUCCGCUUCCGCUGGUGGUGUGACAGGCACAAGGGGAAUGGACGGAAGUGCCGAGAGUAGGGAGAAGGAAGCCAGCCAGCCGUCAUUUGGACCGGCGUCGUUUUCCAGCCCUAUAAGUAGAGAUCCAGGUGCAGCAGUUCAUAGUAGGGUUCCCUAUACACCUGCAGGCACAGCUACCCGUACACUUGCAGAUGUAGCGCCAGGUGCAGUCCCAGCCGCAGCUGCAUGUCCAGCUCUACGUGCAGUUCCAGGUGCAGUUACAUGUGCAGUUCCAAGGUUUGAUCCAGCAGGAAUCGUUCCAGGUAUAGGUCCAGGUGCAGGUCCAGGUGGAGGUCCAGGUGCAGGUCCAGGUGGAGGUCCAGGUGCAGGUCCAGGUGCAGCUGGAUGUCCAGUUCCACGUGCAGUUCCAGGCACAGUUACAUGUGCAGUUCCAAGGUUUGAUCCAGCAGGAACCGUUCCAGGUAUAGGUCCAGGUGCAGUCCCAGGUGCAGUCCCAGGUGCAGGUCCAGGUGCAGGUCCAGGUGGAGGUCCAGCUGCAGCUGGAUAUCCAGUUCUGCGUGCAGUUCCAGGCACAGUUACAUGUGCAGUUCCAAGGUUUGAUCCAGCAGGAACCGUUCCAGGUAUAGGUCCAGGUGCAGUUCCAGGUGCAGUUCCAGGUGCAGGUCCAGGUGAAGGUCCAGGUGCAGGUCCAGGGACUGUUCCAAGUACAGUUCGAGGUGCAGGUCCAAGUAAAGUUCCAGGUGCAGUUGCGGGUGCAGUUUCAGGCGCAGUUAUAGGUGCAGGUCUAGAUGCAGUCCCAGGUCUAGUUCCAGGUGCAGUUGGAGAUGUAGUUUCAGGUUCAGUUCCAGAUGCAGUUAUCGAAACGGGCUGUAAUCAGAGUAUCCCUCCCUUCGACCAGGGGAGGGUUAAUGCUCUGGGGCCCUCCGGACCCUCCAGUUCCUCAAGUACCCAUGGCUCUGUGCGUCCUCCUGGUACUUGUCCCUCUCUUCCCUCCUUUUCCCACUCCACGUCGGAUGCUGUUUUGUCAUCCAUGUCAUCCAUGUCAGGCUUGUCGGAAUCACAUCCAGUGCAGUUUCUGAGGCCAGAUCUAAUGUGCGAUGCGGCGGCGUUAGGUGCCUCAUCACUGGUCUCGAGGAAGGAUGCAUCUCUUGGUGUGGUCAAUCACAAGCAGUCUAGGCUUGACUGUGGAACCGACAGGAGUGAAGGGGAUCACUCACUACCUCCACAGGGUGACACGCAAGCCUCACAUAGAGCAGCCUACUCGAUACCCCAGGUACUUUUGCAGCCUGCUAACGCCCCAGAAACCUUGCGUAGCUCAGCAGCAUCACGCUUGCAAGAAUGUGCGCCGCUCAGACAUGAUAUAGGCGGCAGCUCAACAUUUCCUGCAUCAAGUGCCCUACACAAAUCCAGCCUAGCAAGGAUAGAAGCAGAAUCUAGUCGACAACGGCCUCUGGUGCUUAGGUUUGACCCAUUUGCAGACGAGAAUGGGGUCUUCUACCAUGUUCCACAAGGAGGGGAAGGAGGAGAGGAAAGAGGAGAGGAAGGAGGAGGAGGAGGAGGAGAGGAAAGAGGAGGAGGAGGAGGAGGAGGAGGAGGAGGAGGAGGAGGAGGAGAAGGAGAACGGGGAGGAAGGGAAGGAGUACAAGUAGGAGGAGGUGGCAAUGAGGAUGAUGAGGCAGAUCAGAGAAAGGUUUCAGUAUCGCAUCGUACUACAGAAAGAGGAGGAGGAGGAGGAGGAGGAGGAGGAGGAGGAGGAGAACGGGGAGGAAGGGAAGGAGUACAAGUAGUAGGAGGUGGCAAUGAGGAUGAUGAGAAAGAUCAAAGAAAGGUGUCAGUAUUGCAUCGUACUGCAUGGCCGGACGUCAUGAAGAAGAAGACAGGUAGUGUGGGCAAUGAUGGUCAUCCAGCAAGUGCUCGUGGUGGUCGCUAUGACCUCGAUGGGAGUGGCAGGUGUCUCAGCAGUAGGAUUAAUCGAAGCCCGAACGAUAAUCUCCAAGCUGAUGGUGGUAAGUAUGGCAAAAACGUUUUUUUAGCUAGCACCAUUGCCGACAGUAACAUCAGCGCUGCUACAAAAACGAGUAGCCUGCAGUUGAUUCCUGAAGCUUGUCGCCCCAGCCUUUUUAUCGCAGCGGGCACAAAGUCGAGAAACACAGCUCCAGAGAGAAUGAGUGGAGGGGAGUCUCUUUGCAUGAAGGGUUUGUCCGGCAAUCAUGCGUCUGCGUUUCCUGUGGAGAUGAGUGAUGAUAACAAGAAGAAUUUCAGGGAGAGUUAUGAGAGGGAGGGACUCGAGAUGACUUGUCAUGGGAGUGGAGGGAGUGGAGUGGCUGCCUUUGGAGAGGAGCUAGAGGAGGAGGUUCCUGAGCGCCAAGAAGAUGAGAGCUUGGGCGACCGUGGUGACAAUGGUAGGCCGCAUUUGCGAGAUGCGGAAGGUGCUAAAAAUAGAAAUGGCCAGCAUAGCAAUGUCUGCGGAGCUCUUUCUCUGCUGAAGAUUGAAAGAGCAAGAAACGACUCGGACGACAGUGAGAAAAACAUUUCCAGACGGAUUUGCAAGCUAGUUGCAGAUCUGAAACUCGUUGAUGAGAUGAGGGUUCGCAUGGAGAAGCAGAGUGAGCAUCAAGAAGGAAAAGAAACAGGAUUUGGGAUUAGGGAUCGCCAUUCAGAUGCAGAAGCAGAAGCACUUCCAAUCCAUGCAGAAGCCUUUGUAGGGGAUGGCAGGAUUGACCUUUCAAAUGGGAGUUGUGUUCUCCCAGUUGUUGGCUCGCUCAGUAUGGAUAAGUGUGGCCGGGCAGAGGGAUUACAGCAGCGACAGGUUGAGGACAACUGCCACAGCUGCAGGUGCGGGCAAACUAAUGUGCUUGAGGAGGAGGAAAGGCAUCCAAGAACAGUUCAUGGAGAUGUGUUCGAGGAGGAAAGGCGUCGAAGAACACUUCGUGGAGGUGAUGGCUGUCGCGGCACCCGCAAGGCCACGAGAAUUGACAGCAUCCACCAGCAGGUGGGGACAGACAGCAAAUUCGUGGAUGAAGAUGAGGGUUGUGGUGAUGUCAGGGGCGCCCACAGACGAAGCGGAAGCGGUGUUGGCGUGACUAAGAAAAAAAGGACAAGGCGAACGCGGGGGGGCAAAGGGAUCACGAGGGGGAGGGUGGAGGGAUCGAUGGAAGAGGAGGUGGUGAGGGUGAUCGGGGAGGUGGUGGGGACGGUUAACUCUGCGGACUUUGAGUGGGAGAGAGAGAGAGGAAGGGAUUCGGCUCCUCCGCGAAAGAUAAGAGUUAAUGUGGGGCCGACCCACAAAGUGAGGAAGAUGUGUCGAGGAACAAAGAAGGAGGCUCUUGCGCGGGCAGUGGAUAGAGAAGAGGAGAGAGUGGCAGCCAAUGGGCAACAGCAGGAGAGAGGCAAUUAUGCACAGUCGGAUGAAAGCUUUGCUGGGUUGGUGCCGCAGGUGGGCAUCCGCAGGGCAAAGGAAAUCCAUGAAGAGAGAGCGAAGAAGAUAGUCAGGACAAUGGUCGGCGGCUCUCUUCGGGGAAACCCGUACGAUCUUUCCCUCGUAGAUCUUGUGGAUGAGCUUGAGGACAAGGAUUACUUUGAGGUGAGGUGGGCGACUCUCAGGGCAGUGGUGGAGCCGGCGGUGGCGACCAAGUGCAUUUGGUCGCACACUGAUUACCUGAAGAAGGCGAAGGUUGUCGUUGAUGACGUCGUCGGUCUGACACCGAGCGAGGUGCAGACGAAAGGCAGUCAGGCUUAUCCUUAUGAUUACCUGGUGAUUGCCACAGGGUCCAAGGGUGCGGAACAGAAGACGACGGCAGAACGGCGAGGGCAUUUUGUGAAGUUGCGCGAAAGGUUGGACAAGGCCAGCAAAGUCCUGGUGGUUGGUGGAGGACCGGUUGGUGUGGAGCUUGCGGCAGAGAUUGCGACGGACUUCCCUACCAAGCACGUGACACUCGUGCAUUCCGGAAGCAGGCUCUGCGAGUUCAUGACGGAAGGAGCUGCAGCCAAGGCAUUGACAUGGCUGAAGAAGAACAAAGUCGGGGUUUUGUUGAAUGACAGGGUUGAAUUGGAUGCGACAGUUGCUGGAGGCCCCACAGAACUAAUCCCCAACGAGGGAACGAGGGUAUUCACGACUGCGAAAGGGACAGAGGUUCAUGCCGAUAUGUGGUAUAAAGCUACCGGAGAUCGCAUUCACACCGAAUGGAUAAGAAAUACGCAUAUCGGUUCUUCUCUCAAUGACAAGGGGGAGUUGAGAGUGGAAGACACCCUGGUGGUUUCAGGUACCGAAAACGUGUUUGCUGUGGGGGAUGUGGUGGGUUUCCAGACACCUAAACAGGGGUACCUUGCGUUGGAGGAGGGCAAAGUGGCCGUAGCGAACAUUAAAACGCUCGCAUCAGGAAGGGGAUCAGGGUCGUCUGCUGCGGCGUUGAAGAAGUACAAGCCAAAAGCGGAUGUGGCGAUCUUGACUCUGGGGAGAAACAAUGGCGUUUUGCAGACACCCAUUGGCUCAUUCACUGGCCUCUUGCCCAAGGUCAUAAAGAGCAAAGGCCUGUUCAUUUCCAAGUUAAGAGGGGACCUCAGGAUGCGUUGUUGAGAAAGGUUACAACCUGUAACCAUGGUUAAGGCCCUGGUUAUCGCACGGAGUAUCGGCAAGGAAGGGGCUUGUGGACCGACGAGCAUUCUGCCUCCGGAGGAGCGGUACGUGCCAAGCAGAUGCAGACGGUUGCAGCAUUCCUGUGUUGGUUAUGGAUUUCUGUCACGAUUUGUCAAACAGCCAUACAAAAGGACUAGUCGAUGGGCUUGCUGUUUCUCAGAUGAGAGAUCCUACGACGGUGAAACGGCAGCAACGAGAGGAGAGGAGGAUGCUGUCCGAAACGAAGCGUAAGUUUAGCAGAAAGGUGUGUAACUACUGUGCGAUGCCUUUGAUGUCGACAUGGCUUGGCAUCGCAUGUCAGGAAAGGUUUGAAUAAUGGACUGAUAUACUGGAAUUCCACUAUAUAGAUGUCAGAGGCAUUGUGAGUAAUGUCAAUGGACUGUUAUACUGGAAUUCCACUAUAUAGAUGUCAGAGGCAUUGUGAGUAAUGUCAUGGGUGCGUUGCGAUUUGUCAAACAGCCAUACAAAAGGACUAGUCGAUGGGCUUGCUGUUUCUCAGACGAGAGAUUCUACGACGGUGAAACGGCAGCAACGAGAGGAGAGGAGGAUGCUGUCCGAAACGAAGCGUAAGUUUAGCAGAAAGGUGUGUAACUACCGUGCGAUGCCUUCGAUGUCGACAUGGCUUGGCAUCGCAUGUCAGGGAAGGUUUGAAUAAUGGACUGAUAUACUGGAAUUCCACUAUAUAGAUGUCAGAGGCAUUGUGAGUAAUGUCAUGGGUGUGUUGUGUAUUGGAGGAGAGGGAGGGGUUUUGAGGUGUACGGUUAUGAACCUAGUGUGGAAGGAGGUUCUGCAUCAGGGGCGAUUUGUAUGUAUAGAUGAAAAUUCUGAAAUGCAUUAGACAGGCCACCAGCAGCAAGGGUACAUUGAUAGACCGAGGGCAUAGUCACGCAAGGACUUCUUUUUUAUGUAUGUGGUCGGAUACAUCCAUGUCUGGCAAUAAAUGUGGUCAGAUACUUCCAUUUCUGGCGAUAAAUGUGGUCAGAUACAUCCAUUUCUGGUGAUAAAUGUGGUCAGUUACAUCCCAUCCAUGUCUGGUGAUAAUUGUGGUCAGAUACAUCCAUGUCUGGCGAUAAAUAUGGUCAGAUACAUCCAUGUCUGGCGAUAAAUGUGGUCAGAUACAUGUAGGAUAGAGAGGUAAGGCGAGUAUAUAUAUAUGCCCUGAUUUGAUCUGUGUGCACAUAGUACCCAUAACUUUGGUGAAUUGCAGCUUAAAUUGUUCGACUCGGAUGACGCGGAAGUGGUUGGAUGUAUCUGACCACAUUUAUCGCCAGACAUGGACGUAUCUGACCACGUUUAUUGCCAGAAGUGGAUGUAUCUGACCACACAUGUCUCGCCGGAAACGGAUCAGACGAGAUGUUGAUGAGCAGCAGCUGACUUGUUCAACUCCGGAGUGGUGGGAUCAGACGAGAGGUUGACAUCUUAUUUAAAUGGAGAAAUAGGAGAUGGAGAUGGAUGUGAAGACUGUGAAUGAUGUUUGGCUUCGGGCUGAGUAAAGUUAAUUGGUACACCCUCCAGUGGAUGGGGGGAGGGUAAGAAGGGGCUAGGAACUGAGGAACAAAGUAACGAGGUGACCUGGGCUGCCAGAAUGGCCUGGAAGCACUUGCCCAGCCGGACCGGAAACAAAAUAAAUGCAUUAUUAAUUUAUUAAAUGUAAUAAAUGCAUUAUUAAAUA